AUGCCUCAAACCUUCCUUUUAUAUACAGAGUAAGUGGAGGAAUCACAGUUCACAGUUUUAUGUUUUGAUCCUUUAUCCAAAUCAAGUUGUGAAUAUCAAAAUGUUGCAAGUAUAAUUUCUAGACUUUGAUGUACUCUUAAUUUCGGGUCCAGACUUUAUGGAUACACUCUGAAUCCUGAAAAGUAGGAACAUGUAGGACCUUGAUUAUGGGGUUUCUCUGGUUUAGCUGGAAACAGACAGGGCAGAAAUGUGUUUGCUGACAGGGGGAAAAUGAGGAAAAUCGAAAGAUGAGGGGCGAACAGAUCCACAAGAAUGCUUGUGAAGAAGGAGCCAAUUUUGAGACAGGUGUGCGCUGUGUAUGUGUGUUUUAUCAUAGGCAUGCAUGGCUGCUUCCUCCUACAACCACGUGAGUGUGUGUGUUCAAGAUACACAUUCAUGGCCUCCACUGGCAGUAAUGAAAUCUCUUGUUCUUGCGAGGUACCAGUGAGUGCAUAAACAGAGCAUCAAUAGCUCCCGGUGAUGUUUAUCUGCCCUGCGGCUUCUCACAAAGCCACUUCAUGUCAGUUCUGCAGAUCUAUAUCGCAGACACACAGACUCCUCUUAAAGAGAGGCUCCAUCUUGCACACAAUUCUAUCUCUGUCCCAGGAAUACACACACGUUUACUUGAAGACCACCACAACGUACACACACAUACACACACAGGAUAUUAUGGCCAAGCUUAUCAGCCGCCAGAGUUAAUCAAACCUUAUCUGCAGCCCCUCAACUUGAAACCAGCAUGAGCAUAUGGAGUGAGGCAGGCGGAGUUGUACAUCCUUGAUUUCAUCCUGAUUGUGCUUACGGAGUGGUCCACAUGAAGCUAUGCUGUUCAUUAAUUUCCCCUGAGUGAAAUUGACCAUGACAGCCUCAAGUCCUAUAUUUGUGGCUCCAACCACAGUACAACCACACACUUGUAAAGUUGACACAACAUGGCAACAGUAAGUAUCAUUUUACACACCCUUAGCGCUCAUUACAUUCUGAAGAUAAUGUAAGAAAUAGCAAUGUUAGUUUACAGUAACAGAAACUUGUAUAACCAGUCAUUUAGUAGUAGCUGGGUGGGAAUAAUUUGGUAAAAAUUGGAAAGAUAUCAGGCCAUAUUUUAAAAAUAACGUUUAUUACCUUGAGCUAUCCAGUAAGCAAACAUCAGACCAAUUAGAGUCUGCAACAUGGAUUGCGCAUUAACAGCACUUGUCCAAUCAGCUUAAGGUCCAGCUAGCUGACAGGUUGGCUAACAUGAAGGCUGACACACAGCAGAGAGAGCUGAAAAUGUGGUUGGUGAAGUAGUACCUGGUCUGGUUUAAGGUGAAGGAACUUUUAUGGCUCAUUGGCUCACUUUGUGUUAGUUUCUCCAUGGUAUGAGAUAACAGUUUGAGAAUUAGACAAUGUUAUUGUGUAUUUAAGAAUUACCUCUUCUUUUAAUAUUAGAUUUGUGGUCAAUUUAUCUACGCUAAUAAAACCUCAAAGUGGCGGCUCUCUUAAGGUUAACUGACUCCUUAUCCCACUGUAGACGAAUAAAACUUAUCUUUGCAUACAGGUGGUCUGACGCUUUCAAGAUCUUGCUAAUCUUUCUCAUCCAGACAUAAUACAGAAUGGUGAAUAUACUGGUGUCAAGCAUAUGAAAAGAGAGUAUCCCUUUUGUGCUGUUGAGUGUGUUUUGGUAUGCACUAGUGGUUAAGAUUAUGGUGGUUGGCAAGCACUCUUUGUCCAGUCUUGUGAUUGCUCGCCUUUGCGUUAUGGUAAAAUGUGCAAAACUAAAGCAGGCUGAUAUUUCCUCUCUCAGUGUAAAAGUAAAAAAGACUCUCAAACACCAUCAUCUUUGCGUUUGUCCAAGGCAGUACUGUCAGUCAUCAAGUAUCUCUUCCCUGAGCUCUCUUGAGAGGUCAGCUGAACCAACACUAAGUUCUUAAAGAUGAUAAGUGUGCACCUGAAAAGCUACUUGACUACUCCCACGGGGUCAAGUAGUCAGAUAUUUUGCUUACAGAAACCUUUUUUAUCACUCCUAGCUUCCCCGCCUGCACAGCACUUCAGGAGUCGUCAGUCAUCUCAACUUAAAUAUGAGCCUGUCUUUAGAAAUGAUAGACAGAAGAGUUCUUGUUUUACCCAGCAUGAAUAUUUAUGUUGAAUAAAAAGUCUCACAAUAUAUGGGUUUGAAAAUGGUGUAACUGCAAAAGGUUGGAGAAAAAACCUUGACCUUCCAUUUCAAAGUUAAUGUUCCCACUCACCUCUGAUAAAGGGUAACAAGUUGCUUAAUACUCCUGUAUUUAAAGAGGUCAUUAAGUUGGUAUCAUCAUAGAUAAAAACUCCAGUAUCAAGUUUUGUCUUAAUGAACUCUUAGUUAAAACGCACUGCUUUGUUUUGGGCUAUUUUGUUUUAUUACAUUUUUGUAUCAUUCCAGGUGUCCCAACAUGCGCCCUCUUAUCCAUCUCAGCCUCUUCUCAGCGCUGCUUCUACUUCAAGGUCGGUUGGGUAAUUUCAUUAUUGUUUUGGACUGUCUGUACUCCUUUAGUUUUCACACACUUCAGCUCAAGGACAGUGUAAAUUAUCUUAAUGGAAAACUUUAGUGUACCAGUACAUCUGUCUUUGGGGAUACACAAGAAAGUCAAUGUUUUGUUGUAUAAAAACAUUAGAAACAGCAGUGUUAGGUUUGCUUUGUUACUUGGCUUGAUAUUAAUUUUAGUAUAAGUAUAAGACCAAAACUGGAGUAAAAGUGCUACUUAGGAGGCAUUUUUAAAAACCGGAGGACAAAAGUUUUAUGCACUUUAUUGUGAAAAAUGAAUCAAUAUUACAAAUACAAGAUAUUUACUGAAGCAUCUAAUCCUGAUUACUGCGCUCAAACCGCUGCAUGUUUCCAGACAAGUCUAGUUUUGCGUCACUUUUAUUGCCGAACAAUGUUUUGCCGGACCCAAGAGCGUUGGAAUUUGCCUGAGGGGAGAGGUGUGAUAGUUGUUAGCCAAUAUAAUCUCAAGGUUGUUUUAAAAAAUGACAGCUUUAGCACCACCUCAAGUAUAUAUUAGUGGACAUUUUAGGACUUUGAACUUGAACAAACCAGACUGUUUUACCUGUUUUAAGACACCCCUCUGUCCUGCUGUGCUGACAACACAGAUAGUAUUUUGCAAAAGUAAUCCUGCAAGACAAAUUGAAUUUCCUUGACAGAUGUGAUCACUGCUUCAAGGAAAUUGCCCAUAAAUCUCACAGAUUAUGGAGAGGCUUCUGCUAAUUGGACAUAACUUCAUACAUUUUCAUUUGCAGCUGAUAUAGAUACACUGACAUUUUGCCAGAGGCAUUUGGCUGUACAGACUGAUUUUUUUGUUUAGAGCAGUGGGGCCUCGCUAACCACGUUUGCCAAGAACUUUCACUGUCAGGAGGACUUUCAGGGCCGAAUUGAUAUUAUAAUCGGGGGAUAUAAAAGGGUCAUGGUUGAUAAAAAGUGUAGGCUGGAGCCUGUCAUACGGCUGAGAGAUUUCUUUUUUUUAUUGGUUAGAAUUAUCAGCAGCUGUUUGAAGUUGUUUCUCUAGUCUACAUGAAGAUAUCUCACCUUUUCCAGCUGAUUAAAAAGAACUAAGUCAAAGUGAGGCCAACAGCCUGAAGGGUUGCAACAGUGUUGAUGGGAACAAACCAACAAUUACUCUUCAUGUUCUACUUGAAGUCAAGGCCUGAGCUAUUCCAGGAGCAGAAACUGACCUGUGUGGAUAUUCAUGUCAGUAAGCACUUUUGUGACCUAUCAAGGUUACCGAGGACAACAUGGCCAUGUUCACAUGGGUUCCUGAACAAGAACUCACAUGUCACUAUGUGCUGUAUGUGUCUGAAUAGAGUGAAGUCCUUUCACUGAAUGCAGUGAGAGAAUGGUUUUUCUCCACUUGUCUGCCCACAUUAGCUGUGAAUACUUCAUUAUGCUUCACAUAGUGGGUCAAGAGGGAGUCGGUGAACUGUUCGGGCUUUACGAACAGGAUCCAACUUUGUAGAAAUAACUUUAGCAUCAGACGUUUAUAAAAAUAAAACAGUUCAAUGUGCCUUAAGAUUAGGGAAAAAGAUCAAAAUAAGGAGGAUGAUUUUGAAUACAAGGAUCAAGUGUCAUAGAAAUAACUAGAUGAUGUUAACCCAAUUAAAAAAUAAUGAAGGACAAAGACAGAAUGAAGAUAGGAUACGGUACCAUACAAUACAACAUGAUGUGAAAAUACAAGAUUAUACAAUGCAAUAAGUGUUGUAAGUGGGUUCAAGUAAAUUAAAUAAAAUAAAAAAGAAGCAUGAUAAUGCAGAAACAAACACUGUUUUUUGUGGUGUGACAGUGAAAUUGUUUUUUUCUGCUAAAGGAUGUUAUUAAUAAAAUAAGCAUUAUCUUCUGAUAACUUUUAGUAGCUGUGAAAUUUAGAAUGUUGUGGCAUUAAAUUACUGAUAAUGGCCACAGGAUACAAUUGAUAACGAGUGAAAAAGGGAAAAAACAGCAGUUUAACAUUUUCAACGUUAUGCACUGGAUACAACAGGAUAUAGUGCGAUGCAGUACAGUGUGAUGGGAACAGAUACAAAGGGAUAGGACAGGACAAAAUCAGAUGCAACAUGUUAAGUAAGGUAACAUUAAGCUGUUACCUUACCUUGUUACACAACAUUACUUGACAUUACCACUUCAUUGUUCCAAUGUCACUUUACACUGCCAAGUUACAUUAUGUUGUUACCUUACUUACUGUUACGUUAUGUUGGUACAUUGAAUUGUUGUGUGAUGUUGUUGUAUGAUGUUAUGUUGUGUUACGCUGUGCUAUGCUAUGUUAUACUAUGUUGUUUUGUUAUCUGAUGUGAUGUGAUAAGUUACUUUUUGCUGUUACGUUACAUUAUGCUGUUACCUUACAUCAUGAGACUUUAUGUUUUAGGUUAUGUUGCUACAUUCUUAUGUUGUUACAUUACUUCGUUACUUAACGUUACAUUACGUUAUGUUUUCUUGGUAGCCUACAUUAUGCUUCAUUACAUCACAAACUACCAAAACUUACCAUACUCAACAACUGAAAUAUCCCUCUUUGUGUUGCAGAUGAACAUUUUUCUUAGUUUAACUCUGUUUAAAAAAACAUCUUUAAUUACCUCCAGAUUUUAUGUUUUACAAGGAAGACAAAUUUACAUGAGGUUUUUCAAAAAUCAACAUUUUUGUAUUUUAGGUUUUGUAUUGUUGUAUCAUGUUUAGAUGUCGCAUGUUAGGACAAUGCAUGUGCACACCAUUUUGUAGAAGGCAAAAGACAUAUGACAGAUAUCUGCUUUUGUGUUUCUUGUAGUCCAGCAGGUCACCUCAGUGCAGGAGAUCCAAACAAGUCAUGAGAACAUCCUGAAGAUAAACUCAGCAGGAGAAAGUGAGUACCAAUAUAUCAUAACUCGUGCAAAAGCUCCAACUAUAACCGAGAAGCUUAACUUGACAUAAAAGUGUUUCAGUAAAGGUCUAAGUAACCGUGUGGUUGUGGCAAAAAAGCUUUGGAAGAACCCCAUUAGGUGAUGAUUGGUCUUAUCCGCCUUGUACAUGUGCCGCAAGAGAAAGUGACUACUUUCACACUGACAGAUAAACGGACAGACAGACAGGCGGCACACUCUCCCUGUCUGUAAUGGCCCUUUUCACGAUCAGCUGCACAUUCUAACAUGACAGCAGCAUACAGGUUAUUUACACCACCAACAAGUACAAACAUGCAGAGAGAGGAAGAAAGAGAGCUGUUGCCUGGUAAUGGUUUUGUUAGUGUGCACCUUAGAAAAGAAAAUUGAGUUGAAGCAUGAGCCUUCAUAAUAUGAAGGUAUUAUUUUCUUCAGCAACAGCCCAUUUAUUUCAAAUAAGGAUGAUCCCAUAAUACCCAUGAAGAAGACAGGCUUUACCAGAAAUGCAGUGACUAUGUUGUACUUAAAGUUUUUCACUAUCUCUCUAAUGUGUUUAUCUUUGUGUGUGUGUGUGUGUGUGUGUGUGUGUGUGUGUGUGUGUGUGUGUGUGUGUGUGUGUGUGUGUGUGUGUGUGUGUGUGUGUGUGUGUGUGUGUGUGUGUGUGUUUCCAUGGGAAGUGAUGCAGUGCUCAGCAGCCAUGGACAUCCUGUUCCUCAUGGAUGGUUCCUACAGUGUUGGGAAAGGCAGCUUUGAGAGGUCCAAACACUACGCAAUCAAGCUUAGCCAGGCAUUAGAUAUCGCACCAGACAAAGUUUGUAUCCCAUCUGUUUUCUUUUGUUUGGCUCUUAGCCUUUUGGACUAUUUUAUUCAUCAUAUGUAACUUUUUUUCUAGGUUCGAGUCGGCUUGAUCCAGUUUGGUUCAGUUCCUCGUCUCGAGUUUGCUCUGGACUCUUAUACCACCAAAAAAGAACUGAAAAAGCACAUGAAAAAGGUCUCUUACAGGUGAGUUUCUGAUUCAUUGAAUCUCUUUUUACAGGCAUUAUUAAAAUAGAAAUAGGUGUGUUGGCCCUUUUUUUAUAUUUUUUUGGCUAUUUUAUGAAUUUCUCAAGAGAGAAUAGGACAAGAGGACAGUGAAUAGAGCAGGAAACCAGGAGAGUGUGAGAAGUGGGAUCAAACCUGGGCUGCCCACUUGAGGACUAUACCCUCUGUACAUGGGGCCUUUGACUAGGGACACUAGGUAGAACAAUUUUUCCCACAAUGUCAACAGGCAGAGGUAAAAUGAGCAGGAAUCUUUUUCUGUUGGUUGAUUUGAAAUCAUAACUGUCUUUUCUUUGACCGCUGAGGAAUAACCGCUGUUGAGAUGAUUUUAACGGUUUUAACCAAUCAGAAUCUUGUAUUUAAUACAGCCCCAUAAUAAAACACAACACUAAAGCUAGACACAGGUAUCAGAAAUGCUGAGAUCCUCCUGUCACCACUCUCUAGAUUACAGCACAACACAGAUUAGACUCAAGACAGAAAUUUCCAAACAGGAAGGUAAUAACAUCAACAAAGGUUUCUCUAUAUGCUAAACAUGUUACAUGAUCUUUAAACAGGAUUAAGUUCAAAUCCAUGUUGACAACAAAACACACACUCACAUGCAUACUUCCUGAUGCUCAGUGCUGGUGAUGUUUGCUGAAAAGGGAAACAAAUUAAUUUCAGAUUAGAGGGUAUGACACAGGUGGUCGCUGGAUAUUGGAUUGAGGAGGGAGCUGAGGAAGUAGAGGCCAAGUUUGUGUGUGUGAGUGGAAGGGGAGGGGGUAGGGAUUAGAGAUUUAAAAAAAGGCUUGAAAUAAUAUCGCAUCAUGUCAAAUAAAAUUCGUAUCUAAAAAAAGUUACAAUUCUUUUAAAACACUUCUAAAUGCUCUGAACUCCCAGGGGAGGCAGCACCCAGACAAGCCUGGCUCUGAAGUACAUCCUAAGGAAAGGUUUCCCAGGUGGCCGUAACUCCUCCACAGCUGCCCAGAUAGCCAUCCUCUUGUCAGACGGGAAGUCUCAGGGCAAUGCAGUGCAGGCGGCUGCCCAGCUCAAAGAGGCAGGCGUAGUUCUGUUUGCUGUCGGCCUUCGCUAUCCCCGGUAGGUCUGAUAGCAGGAGAAUUAUAGCAAUAGCUAUUAACUCUUAUGGUUUACACUAAUACAUUGCGUUUGUUGUUGUUGUUUUGCAGGUGGGAGGAGCUUCACGCUAUGGCCAGUGAGCCGAUAGAGAGCCACGUGUUCUUCGCUGAACAUUUCUAUGAUGCUGUCAAUGGCUUGUACACUACGCUGUCCACCUUUUCUGUCUGUAACGCCACACCUACAGGUGCUGCACGUGCUAUUUACCCCCUUAUGUUCACUUAUCUAGACCAGAAUUGAUCAAAGAGAUCAUUGCGUACUUAAAGGGAUAUUCCAGUGUUAAAUUAUUUAGGGUCAAACACACCAUAACACCAAGUUAGACAACCCUUCAAGACAUGAAUGUUGCCCACCGCUUGCUUCUCUAGUUUUACCAACUUUAGUAACGCCCGCAAGACAGCAAUAUACAUACAGAGACCUCAGGCCAGUCCAUUACAGACUGCUGCAGGGGGACGCAGCUCAAGGAAGAACAUUUAUGAUCAUUUCUUUAUCAUUUCCUUAAAGUAAUAAUCACCAUAUUAGUCAUUUUGCACUGCAGACAUGGUAGUUCAUCUGCCUUAGCAUCUCGGUCUGGUUGCACUUCCAUGAAGAAAUGAUCAUAAAUGGUCUUCCUGGAGCUGCGUCACCCCGCAGCAGUCUGUAAUGGACUGGCCCGAGGUCUCGCUACAAACAAGCGGCUGCUGGAAGAGAGUAGGUGAGUUGUGUUUAGUCUCUUUGCUAAAGAAAUUAGGCAAAGCUAAAAAGAUGUUUGGUGGCUAGUGCUAUGGCUAGGACCCUAUAUGUACUGUUGAUGAAGUUAGGUGCUGUUCUGAGCAUUAUUUGUGGCUAUAGAGUGGCGUUUUGGUUGAGGUUUGUUUAUGGCUCCUCAGACUGCUGUGUAUUGCUAUCUUGCAGUCGUUACUUAAGUUGGUAAAACUAGAGAAGCAAGCGGUCAGCAGCAUUCAUCUCUUGAGGGGUUGUCUAACUUGGUGUUAUGGUGUGUUUGACCCUAAAUUAAUUUUACACCGGAAUAUCCCUUUAAGACAAUGUCAAUUUUUUUUAAUGAAAUAGUGAAGAAUGUCAAACUCUCAUCCCAGAUUUACCUCCUCCAUCUUUACCUGCUCUUACUUUAUUCUUCUUCUUUCUGUCCAGGUUGUCAUGUUGAGGUGUUUCCCUGUGAGAGAAAGACACUUGAGACGGUGAAAGAGCUACUGGGGAAUUUCAUGUGCUGGAAAGGCGCCAAAGGUUAUUCCCCAAACACAUCUCUGUGUCCUCAUUACAGGCAAGUGUACACAAAGUAUGAUGUUAAAAAGGCACUUAUUCUGAUUGCAUGGUAAAAAAGGCAAUAGGUUACAGUGUCUGGCUCUUGUAUCCCACAGUAAAACACUGAGAACUUUCUGUAAAGUCACCAGCAUUGGGAUUAAGGUUUGACUUUCCUGUAAUAGCUAAAUCAUGUGAUGCAAACUCAGUUACAGCAGCAGGUGCUUCAGGCUGACAAGCAUCUGUUAGCCUGUAACACACUGAACUAUAUUAUCUUGAAAAAAGCAGGAGGGUGAAAACAGGCUCUCCAAUUCUACCAGAAACUCCCAUGGCAUGUUAACACAGCUUUCCACAGUUAUUAUCACCGCUCAUUACAACUUGACCUCAGAGAAAUGGCCCAAAGCUGAGAGGAGCUCCAUUCAGGCAGAAUCAUCACAAAAUUCUUUUGUUUUUCCAAAACUGAAAAGCACUUUUUUCUUAUACACAAGCUAAAAAUGAUCAGUCUAUCAAUAACAAAAUAAGCACUGCUGUUUAAAAUCACAGACUGUGGAUGUGGUCUCACUGAUGCCACUGAUUGGACCCUUAAGAGUGGUUUUGAAACGUAACAAGGCGGGUUGCAUCUUCAAACACCGAACUUAACCUAACUUUCAGUUAACCGUGAAACAGACUUUGGGGCGGGCCUUGAGCCCCCUGGCAAACACCUACAUUACACCUGUCUGUCAGUCAACACAACCACUCCACUGUGGGGAUUUAUGUGGUCUUAAAUAUCUUUGAAACAGAUGAGCACGGAAAAUAUUUAACCCUGAACACUCUGUGUACUUGAAACAAGUCAACUCUGCCUGUUUUGCAGGUACAACAAAGUGUAUAAAAGACACCAGACGGUUUGUCAUCGCACCAUCUGUCCAGGUAACAUCCUGCAGCAAUAGUGAAACUGUUUUUUAGUUUAGUUGCUGUUACAGCUGUUCUGUCCUCAGUUUUUCAUUAUCUAGAUCCGCCUGUUUACAUACAGUUGUGCAGCUCAUUUUCUUUUGUUCUCCAUCUGCACCUGACUGUAGAUCCAUGUGACUCUCAGCCCUGUUUGAAUGGUGGAACCUGCGUAUCAGAGGGUCCAGAGGAUUACCGCUGUGUGUGUCCACCCGGUUAUGGAGGAGACCCUCACUGUGGUCUGUGCCUUUUUCACACUAAUAGUCACAAUAGUCAAUAAUAUCUCCUUAUUGCUUGAAAAGCAUCUCUAUGAACCAACUCAAAGUCCUCAUCACUCCCCAGCUCCUGCUCUGUCUCUGGACUGCGCCGUGGACUUGCUCUUCCUGGUAGAGGGUUCCGCCACACUCACCUUGGAGGGCUUCCUCCGUCUUAAGUUCUUCUUAAAGCGCUUCCUGCAGACGGUGAUCGGGUCUGACAGCCCCAGUAAAGUUGGCCUGGCUGUGUUCGGUGGAGAGACAAGAGUCGAGGCCCAUGUGGGAAAGUUCAACAAAGACCUCAAGGGUCUCCUCAAGGCUGUGGAAGCCUUGCAGCCAAUAGGAGGAGAGACCCUGACAGGCCAGGCACUCCGCUACGUCACGCGUCAUGGUUUUGUGAGCGCGCCAGUGUUUGCUGACGUCCCAGAUGAUCUGCCCCGUGUCGUGGUGCUGCUCACCGCCACUCCUUCUGCUGAUGAAGUUGUAGAGCCCUCAAGGUAUGCUCGAGACAGAGAGAUCUUCCUGGUCGGGAUGGGGCCAGACUUCUUAAAGGGCCAGCUGAACAAUAUCACAGGGAAUCCUCAGAGGACCAUCACUUACUCGUCUCCAGAGUUCAGUGCCAAAAUCCCUGAACUCAAAGCCAAGAUCUGCAGCGUAGACACACAAGGUACAAACUACUGACUUUUCCUAUAAACAAGAAAUAUGUUUAGAGUCAGUGUCACUUUAAAAGGACACAUUAUAUUUGUCAUUUUAAACUACUUUUUGCCACAACUAUAGGUCAAAAAUUGCAUAUAGUACCUUUAAAGUUUAGUACAGCCUGGUUUAAAAAUGAAAACUAGGACAUUUCUAUGAUCUUGGAAGUCUUCUAUAUGGUUUUAUUCAUGCUGUUCUCCUCUUUAAAUUUUUUUUAGGUUGUCUUGGUCAGGCUGUGGACCUUGUCUUCGCUUUGGAUGCCUCCGCUGGCGUUGGCAGUGAAAACUUUGUCACCCUCCGCGACUUCGUGCGCAGCCUCACCGUCCAGUUCGACAUCAACCGGGACGUAGCUCAGGUGGCUCUUGUCACCUACAGCCGGAGAGCAACCACCGUCUUCAACCUGGAUACCCAUGACAGCGGCUCCGCCAUCCUUAAAGCUGCAGCAGAUGCCAACUACAUGGGCGGAGUGGCUUCAACUGGAACAGCUUUGCUCCACAUCCACUCCAGCGUCCUGACGGUGGCCAAAGGCGCUCGACCCGGAGUCAACAAAGCAGUGGUGGUUGUCACGGACGGGUCAGGCGGGGAUGAUGCUGUGGUUCCUGCUCAGAAGAUCAGAGAUAAUGGAGUUUCUCUGUUUGUGAUUGGCAUUGGAGACGUGCAGAGAGAGAGGCUGCUGCAGAUCGCUGGCUCAGAGGAGCACAUGAUCUCUGUGCCGUCAUAUGAGGACCUCAAGUAUUUUGAAGACGUGCUGGUGCAGAUGUUGUGUUCAGGUGAGAUGACAGAGAAAUAUCCCAGAAAGAAAACUUUUCCGGGUUAUUUUUUCCCAGAAAUCUUUUACAUUCAAUCAUCCAUAGAGGGACAGAUUAAUUGACUCCUAUUUAUAAAUCUGAUUUAGUGUUUUGAACCAUGUAGCAAGUUCUUGUUUUGUUGUCUUCCUAUCAGAGGUCAAGAAACCAGUAAACCUGUGUAAGCCCAACCCGUGUAUGAACGAUGGGACAUGCAUACUAACAGGAGGGAGCUUCCGCUGUCAGUGCCAAGGCUUUGAAGGACCACACUGUGAAACAAGUCAGUAACUGCCCCUCUGUGCUCUAUAUAACCUCUUCUUUUCCUCUGAAACUUCAAACAAUGACUUUGCAGUAACUCUGAGAAACAUUCAAAGAAAUUCAGACAUCACAUUAAUUUAUGAAAAGGCUGUUUGUACUUAGAUUAAAUUUAAAUUUCUGGUUCAUGAAGUAUUACACUCCAGUCUGGACCUUUUUGGCAAUGUACGACACUCACGGUAGCUUCUACCAAUGAAGAAGUAGUCAAUUCCUCAAGUCUGUCUGAGCUUUAAAUAAACACACAUCAGAAAAAUAACAAUACAGCUUAAAGAUAACUGUAGACUGUUAACAACUGCCUGUCACAUGGACAUUACACGUUUCCAAAGAAGUGUAAUGAAGUCAAACCUUGGUAGUCGCCAUGCUAGAGGUGCUGACUCAACGUCACUCUCUGUGAUCCAAGUACCAGGUAAAGAGGUGGAGUAGAGAUCAGCCUAAGCCUCUUUGCAAACAGCAGCAGCUUCAGUACCAGGCUGAAAACAAAGAAGUUGUGCUGUUUUGACACGGGUGAUAGUGGGGCUUCCUGGGCUGGCCUCUGGGACCCUCAAGUGGACACUCAAGGAACUUUUUAUACAAUUCACUGAACCACCUGUCAACUCCCCUGCUCAUAGUGCUUUGGAUGCAGUAUUUGCUACUCCUAGAUGUUUUCAUUCAUGAUGCUAGUAAAAAGUAUUUGGUCAGGAACUUUCAUAAAUAAAAGUCUAACCUUCAAAUAAGUUUUUUUUUUCUUUUUCACACACUCAGAGACUUUUUCAAUAUGUCUGUCUGCAGGAAGCAGGAGGCCUUCAUCCAGAGGAGAUCGUCCAAGGCCGGCUGGUCUGAGGAGCCGACAGAAGAAGAGUCACCAGGAGCUCCUUCAUCACUACAAACUACACCGCAGGAGACACACAGCUUGA